CGUAAUACAGUUGGCAUGGUUGCGUUUACGGGAUGAGACGAUUGGUUUUGACCCAUAAUUUGCAUUUUGAGGAUUUCAAACCCUCAACUUGAUGGCGCGCGGUCAAUCCAAACUCCAAAGUAGUCUAGUAAAUACAUUCUUUUCAGAAUCAUGCCGUCUUCCCAAAUUCAGACGAGCACUGAGCCCUCAGUGCAGUUGACACCGAAAUGCCUAGCGGUUUUUCAAUCCUCCCACAUUCCUCUUUCUUCUGAAAAACAAGGCACGUAUCAUGACACAGUGGAGUCAAAUUAUUUUAAGAGUGCAGAAUGGACGGCAGAUGGAACUACAGUGAUCACGGAUUCUGCAGACAACCACCUCAGAACGUUCAUACUACCACCGGAUCUUCUAGAAGAGAGAGAGCAGUUACUGCAGCUAGAGCCCUACUCAACAAUACCAUCAAAUGAGCCAGUAUAUGCCACAGCGAUUUAUCCAUUUUAUUCUCUCCAAGAUCCCUCGACGACUCUUAUUCUUUCUUCGGUACGGGAUCAUCCCAUCAGGUUGUCGUCAGCCCUGGCGCCACGGACGUUGGGAACAUAUUCACUGGUUAAUCCCACAACGGAAGCUUUUAUCACGCCGCAUUCAAUAUUAUAUCCCUCUGAGCUUGGCGGGUCACAGUUCAUCACCGGGUCAGAUAGUUUGAUAUGCAUUUUCGAUGUCUCUCGUACUGGAAGCGAUGGUCCAGUUACUAGGUUUCCAACAAUACCUAGUAAACGCAAACAGAUUGUUGGUGGCGGUGUAGGUAUGAAAGGUAUUGUUUCUGCGCUAGCAAUGAAUCCUGCUGGAGACGGGAUUCUAGCAGCUGGAACUUUCACAAGAUACAUAGCACUGUAUGGAUCUAGAGGAAGUGGCGAGCUUAUUGGGACAUUUAGUAUCGUCAAAACAGAGGCUGACAAACAUAUCGGUGGUACUGGAAUCACGCAGUUGCUCUGGAGUCCCUGUGGAAGAUAUCUAUAUGUGGCCGAGCGCAAGAGCGGAGGAAUGCUGGUAUAUGAUAUUCGUGUUACCGGCCAAUUAUUAGGCUGGUUAGAGGGACGCGAGGCUCUUAGCAACCAGCGCAUGAAAGCGGACGUCGUUGCUACUGGUGAUGGCGAGUCACAUGAAAUAUGGGCAGGAGGAACAGAUGGCACAGUAAGAGUUUGGAGCAAUCCUUAUUCUUCUAUAGGCUCUCAAAAGCCUAGUCACGAAUUCGAUAUGCAUUGUGACCCAGCGACAAGUUCCGUUUUGCAUCCAGGUAGUAGUGUCUUGGCAACAUGCUCUGGCCAAAAGCAUUUCCCUGACUUUGAUGUUGAUGAGGUCAAGGGAGAUGGCUAUGCAUUGCCAACAGAAUAUGACAAUAGUUUGAAGAUCUGGUCACUCGAGGAGAAUACACUUGCGAAGAGUCUUGAAGCGGAUAGGUACGACUGACAUCAUCCGAGCAGCUGUUUUGUAUCUCUUGUGGCCUAAAUUACGGCAUCUCCUAUAACAUGUUUACUUUAUAGAGGUAGAACACCAGACAUACCUUUGGGAAGAAUCUUGCAGCGCCUAUCACUAUCAUACAACUGCAGAGUGAUACUAGCUUGAACAAGUCCCUGUCCCUCCAAAGAAUACUAAUGACGAGGAAAUAUAAAUCUGAAUCAAGAUGUUGGCAUUGACGAAGGAUACCAUGUCAAUAAAUAUGUAUAUACAACUUGCUUAACAGCUAUAUGAGCCCGAAUUGAUGAG